AUGCUAAGAAGAGCCCUAACAACAGCUGCAAAUAAGACAAAGUUGACAAUUGGAUUAAUUCCUGCAGAUGGAAUAGGGAAGGAAGUUACUCCGGCUGCUGUUGCAAUCCUCGAAUCGCUUAAAGGGCCACUCCAAUUCGAUUUCAUAAAUCUGGAUGCAGGAUUUGAACAUUUCCAAAAAACAGGCAAGGCUUUGCCCGAAAAAACUGUUGAAACAUUAGAGAAUGCUUGCGAUGGAGCUUUAUUUGGUGCCGUCAGUUCUCCAUCGCAUAGAGUAGAAGGAUACUCAUCACCAAUUGUUGGCAUGCGCAAGAGGCUUGAUUUGUACGCGAACGUAAGACCGGCGAUUUCAGUUCCGUCUGCACAGAACGCUAAUCAAACGCCUGUCGACAUGUUGAUAAUUAGAGAGAACACAGAAUGUCUGUACAUAAAACAAGAAAAAAUCGAGACCGAUCCGGCGUCUUCUCUAAAAGUGGCCUACGCAACACGCAAAAUAUCCGAACACGCAUCUCGUCGUUGCGGCAAAGUCGCGUUCGAGAGCGCGCUCAAGCGUGACCGUCUUCGUCAGUCUGUUCCUCUCAACCAGCGUGUCUGGAAGGGCAAGCCGAAAGUGACAAUCGUUCAUAAAAGUAACGUGCUCAGCAUCACGGAUGGAUUGUGGAGAGAGACUGUUAGAGCGGUGGCGAAUGACGAGAAAUAUAAAAAUGUUGAUGUCAACGAGCAGUUGGUGGAUUCAAUGGUUUACCGUAUGUACCUCGAACCACAAGCAUUUGACGUCGUCGUUGCGCCAAAUAUGUAUGGAGAUAUUAUCAGUGACGGCGCGGCAGCACUCGUAGGCAGUCUUGGCUUGGUUCCAAGUGCUAACGUUGGAGACAAGUUUGUUCUCACCGAACCAGUACACGGGUCAGCUCCAGACAUAGCCGGACAAAAUAAAGCAAACCCAAUUGCAGCAAUCAGAAGUGCUGGGUUGUUGCUAGAACACCUUGGAUAUCCGGAUGAGGCACUUUCUAUUUAUAACGCUGUUGAUGCAGUGAUUAAGGAAGGAAGCGUGCUUACGCCGGAUGUUGGCGGACGAGCGACCACUGAUCAAGUGACAAAGGCCAUAAUGGAUAAAUUGUAA